GCCUGCUACUGUGUCGGUCCCUCUCCUCCCCCGUUUGCGUUUCUGUACGUAUCUCCAGAUAGCGACUCAUCGGAGCCACCCACCUCUUUCCUUCCCAAUGUCGAUGCCUACUGCGUCUCCUCCUCCCCGCCUCCUAUUCCUCACUAUUUUCUUCUUCUCCCUCCUCUUCCGUAUCUAUUCAGCUGCCGCGGACGACGACGACCACAGCUUGGACUCGGCGGCUGCAUCAGUGGUACUUCCCGGUCCCAACCUCAAGUUCGAGAACCCGACCCUCCGCCGAGCCUACAUUGCCCUCCGAUCAUGGAAAUCCGCCAUAUUUUCCGAUCCCUUUAACUUCACGGCGAACUGGAAAGGCCCAGAUGUCUGCUCUUACGGCGGCGUCUUCUGCGCCCCUUCUCCCUCCAACCCCUCCCUCAGGGUUGUCGCCGGCAUCGACCUCAACCACGCCGACAUCGCUGCCUACCUCCCCCCGGAGCUGGGCCUCCUCACCCACCUCGCUCUCUUCCACCUCAACUCCAAUCGCUUCUGCGGCACCCUCCCCGCCAGCUUCCGCCGGCUGAAGCUCCUCCACGAGUUGGACCUUAGCAACAACCGCUUCGCCGGGAGUUUCCCGGAGGUGGUGCUGUCGCUGCCGUCCCUCAAGUACCUAGAUCUCCGAUUCAACGAGUUCGAGGGACCCGUCCCCUCCCGCCUCUUCGACAACAAGAAUCUGGACGCCAUUUUUCUAAACGACAACAGAUUCCGCCUGGGCAUUCCAGAGAAUCUGGGCAACUCCCCCGUGUCGGUGCUGGUCUUGGCCAACAACAACAUGGGAGGCUGCAUACCCACCACCAUUGGCAAAAUGGGCGGGACACUCAACGAGAUCAUCCUCCUUAACGACAACCUCACCGGCUGCCUCCCCCCUCAGAUCGGCCUUCUCAAGAAGCUCACUGUUUUCGACGUCAGCUUCAAUAGCCUGCAUGGCUCCCUUCCCCAUGCCAUCGGCAAAAUGAAGAGCCUAGAGCAGUUGAACAUCGCCCACAACAGAUUCACCGGGGUUGUCCCCGCCACCGUCUGCCGCCUCCCCAGUUUGCAAAACUUCACCUACACUCAUAACUAUUUCACCGGAGAAGCUCCUGUCUGUGCCUCCAUUUCUGCCGCCGCUGACGGUCGCAACAACUGUAUUCCUGGGAAAACGGGCCAGCGGUCGGCGGGAGAGUGCUCUUCAGAAGCUGCGCGACCCGUGGAUUGCAGCAAGUCCAAAUGUCUCAACCAACGCACCAGCAAGAGUAGCAGUACUUCGCAGCCAGCGCAAUAUCAUCCAAAAGGCUCAAAAUCAGGGUCAUUGCCCAAGACAAAGAAAAGUCCACCACCUCCUGUCCCAAUUUUAAAUCCACUGCCACCGCCUCCGCCUAAUUCAGAUUCUUCCUCCUCCGGCAGAUAUCGUUCUCCACCACCCCCGCCGCCGCCGCAAUCAGCUGCUGCGUCUCAUCCUUCCCCUGUACCAGUAAUCACACCACCUCCUCCUCAUCCGCGCAUUAAUAUAAGGGCCCCGCCAACACCGCCUACUGAAAGAGUAUCCCCAAAGCAGCAGCAUCUUCCGCCACCGCCGCCGCCGCCAACAGUUGAAUAUCUGCAUCCUAGCCCUCCGUCAGCACCUACUGAACAUCAUCAUCAACGUCAACCGCAGCCACCAAACCAUUACAAUUCCUCACCACCGCCACCAGCAGCGGGAAGCCAUUACAGUGUCUUCUCACCACUGCCGCCGCCCCCACCUCCCGCCGAAAAGGGGUCACCAAUAAGCACACAUCUUGCACCACCACCCCCACUGGUAGUUCAAUACUCGCCACCAAAGGCUGCGCUCUUUCCUCCUCCACCCUUUGACCAAUAUCCAUCACCACCUACCAAUCAGCAACAGAUGCCCCCUCCCCCUCAACCGCCACUAAAAAUCCCAACACCCCCAAGUUCUCACAGCUAUACUACUCCACCAUCACCACCCCCACCGCCAUCUCUGGAAGAUUUGGCACCUCCCCCUCCCCCUCCUCCUCCGCCUCCACCACCAGUCGUGUCACACCCACCGCCACCCACCAUAGUGACAUCAAUACCUCCUCCUCCUCCUCCACAGGAGCCAUCACGUCUCCCAUCUCCUUUGCCACCAUCCGGGUGUGCCACAACCGGAUCUCCACCACCACCAUUAGCACCACCAGCACCAGCACCAGCACCAUCACCAACACAGCAGCACCAUUCACAAUUUUCACCGCCUCCUCCGCCCUUUGACCAAUAUCCAUCACCGCUUACCAAUCAGCAACAGACUCCCCCUCCCCGUCCCCCUCAACCGCCACUAAAAAUCCCAACACCCCCAAGUUCUCAUAGCUACACUACCCCACCACCAUCACCACCCCCACCGCCAUCUCUGGAAUAUUUGGCACCUCCCCCUCCUCCUCCACCACCAGUUGUGUCACACCCACCGCCACCCACAAUAGUGACAUCAAUACCUCCUCCUCCACAGGAGCCAUCACAUCUCCCAUCUCCUUUGCCACCAUCCAGGUGUGCCAGUCCCGGAUCCCCACCACCACCUUUAGCACCAGCACCACCACCAACACAGCAGCACCAAUCACAAUUAUCACCGCCUCCUACACAGCAUCGGCAUUUCCCUGCGCCAGCACCAAAUAGCCAACUAGCCCCGCCGCCACCCCAUCUAGUUUUUGAUAACUUACCCCUUCCUCCUGUUAUAGGAGUAUCAUACGCAUCUCCCCCUCCCCCAGUAAUUCCCUACUAGUGAUCAAUCAUCCAUAUACAUGAUCGGUCAUUUUAUAUUGCGUGCUGACUCCCUCUCCCAUCCAUUGGUUCCAAUUGUACGUUAAUUUGGAUAGAGAUUGAAUUUAAUUGCGUACAUAAGUACGGUGUUAAAUCCUUAAUUUGGCUGUGCUGCAGUAGUAAUUAAUGCAAUUCGAUCUUUUAA